AGAGAACAAGACAAUAGCAAAACCUAAUAUCACUUCAAUACUGCCCCCUGACGUUUUCCAGGCAUGUGGAAAUAAGAUACGAUGAUGACAAGUUUAGUAUUUUCAUCUCAUUAUUACUUCAGAUAGAGUAUGCAACAGGAAUGACAUCAGGUGUAAAAUGUUGCCACUAUGCUUUUUGCAUGAAUUUAUAGUAUGGAUUAAUCUUUUAUGCUCCCUCCAUCUCAUAAAAAGGUUCCACAUUUCUUCAAAAAGGAUCCGCUUUCCACUCUUGGAAACAUUUUUUUGGCCCUUAUCAUUUCUACCACACAAUUUCAUUUCACUUUUCUUAAUUUCCGUGUCAAGUGAAAGGUGGAACCUUUUAUGGGACGGAGGGAUUAUUAUUGAGACCAUAAGUUUAAUCCCCCCCGAUCCCAACUACUUGGGACUAAAGUGCUGAUGAGUUAAAUAUACAGUUUUUAUGUUUUUUUGUGCAGGUUCAGAUGUUCCUAGACUGGUCCACCAAGAAAACGUUAAUUCUAAUGUGAUAUUGUUAAGGAAUGAAUUCGCGUGGCUAAUUGGAGGUGCACUACCACAAGAGGAGCUGCAAGAAUGGAAGCUUCUUUACCACAAUGCAGUUCAUGGCUCAAGCUUGAAUACAUUCUUGGGAAAUGUAACAAUUGGCAAAGGUCCAACAGUGUUAAUCAUAAAAGAUAAAAACGGCCAUAUAUAUGGAGGUUAUGCUUCUCAGCCAUGGGAGAGACAUGGUGAAUUUUAUGGAGACAUGAAAUCAUUUAUCUUCCAACUUUACCCAAAAGCAUCAAUUUUUCGCCCCACUGGAGCAAACGGAAAUAUACAGUGGUGUGCUGUAAAUUUCAGUUCAGAAAGCAUUCCCAAUGGCAUUGGGUUUGGGGGCAGAGUGAAUCAUUUUGGUCUGUUCAUCUCAGCCAACUUUGAUCAAGGCCACACUUUCCCAUGCACCACGUUUGGAAGCCCUAGCUUAUCGGCAAGCAACGUGGUAUAUCCAGAAGUGAUAGAAUGCUGGGGAGUCCAAAUCAAGAAGGCCCAUGACGAACCGCAUCAUGAUCGUGUCAAAGGCACAGUUCUUGAAAGAUUUAAAGAGGAUCGCCAUGUACUUAAUAUGGUUGGCCUAGCAAGUUCAAGCGACUGACCUGCCCUGUGUUUUUAGUUGGUUUUGUUCCUUUCCCCUCAUUGUUCGUUACUUACUGCUGAUUACUUGUAUACUGCAAUAUGAGCUUGCUUUGAUUAAAUUAAACUCGUUUGAGCUUGCUAUGAUGCUAUAGAGAACCAGAUACAGCAGUUGUUUUUUACUCUGAGCAAGUGAUGAUUAAAAUGAAUUAGUAUGG